GUUCCGUUCUUUCUCAAGACGAGGUCACACGUCGAACACCUCGGUGACUAUUCGCCUUCUCUUGAGCCAUGGAGAUUGGUGAGUGGCGCCGUGGCCGGAUCAUCGGCCGCGGAGCCUCCGCUACCGUCUCCCUCGCCACUUCGAUGGCCUCCGGCCAGGUCUUUGCGGUCAAGUCCUCGGAGCUUUGCUCCCUACGCGGGGAGCAGAGGCUCCUCUCCGCGCUGGAUUCCCCCUUCGUCGUCUCCUACUUGGGGUUCGAUGUCACCCCCCCGCACGCGCCCGGCGCUGGUUUCCACUACAAUCUCUUUAUGGAGUACGCCCCCGGAGGCUCGCUAUCCGAUGCGAUCAAGAGGCAGAGCGGUCGGCUCGACGAGCUCGCCAUCCGGUCCUACCUUCAUGACAUCCUCAGCGGACUGGUUUACCUCCACUCCAACGGCCUCGUCCACUGCGACCUGAAGAGCCAAAACGUUCUAAUUUGCUCCGAUGGGCGGGCGAAGAUCGCCGAUUUCGGGUGCGCGCGUAAGGUUGAUGGUGACGAAGAACGCCAUCAGCCGAGGGGCACGCCCAUGUUCAUGGCGCCGGAGGUGGCGCGAGGGGAGGAGCAGAGCGCGCCGGCGGACGUCUGGGCCCUAGGCUGCACAACCAUCGAGAUGGCCACGGGGCGGCCGCCAUGGCCGAACAUGUCGGACCCCGUCAGCGCCCUCCACCGAAUCGCCUUUUCCGCCGACGUACCGGAGUUCCCCAGCUGGAUCUCCGCCGAGGGGAAGGACUUCCUGAGCAGGUGCUUGAGAAGGGAUCCCCGGGAGCGGUGGACGGCGGAGCAACUUCUCCGACACCCAUUUGUUGCCGCUUGCUUUGCGUGCCCUCGACCCGACUCCGGCACAAAUUACGACCGCGUUUCACCCAGGAGCACUCUCGAUCAGGCCUUCUGGGAGUCGCUUGCCGACGAGGGCGACGAGGCGGUCGGAGAACCAUCGGAGGAUCCAUCCGAGAGGAUGCAGUGCCUGAUCGGAGGCGGCGCUCCAAGUUGGACGUGGAAUGACGGUUGGGUGACGGUGAGAAGCCACGCCGGGGAGGACAGCCUCCCGGCGACGGGUUCCAUGACCGAAGACGACCGAUCAGUAAACAGAGGGGAUAGCGGCGGCACAAGCAUCAGCGAUUUCAUCUACAGCACUGAUCGCAUCGACAUCGAGCAUGUCAUGGCCGAUGUUGAUGACACGAGCAUUGCUCGAGUAGAAGAGGGAAUCGAGAACCAAGUAUUCACGUGUAAAAGAGAGGUCAACUUAGUUAAUGGAAAUUGCCAUUUGGUCAUCCACAAGGACCGAAUUGACAUCCCAAAUUGGCCUUUUUGGCUCUGCGCAUUUGAUCUUUGGCUUUCUUUAAUAUUCUCCUUCUAACUCUCAAUCACGGGACAGGAUAGGUUGGCCACAGGCUGGAUCCAACCUCUAGGUUAGAUCAUCUAAUGCGGCCCUGAUGAAGGCGAUCAAGAUCCACAC